AUGGCCGACACCACUGAGCAAGUUAACCCCGUCGAGGAGCACGACCCCCAGUUCGAGCCCGUUGUCCGACUCACCGAGCAAGUCGAGGCCAAGACCCACGAGGAGGAUGAGGAGUCCACUUUCAAGAUGCGAGCCAAGCUUUUCCGAUUCCACAAGGACACCACCGAGUGGAAAGAGCGAGGUACCGGUGACGUCCGAUUGUUGAAGCACAAGACCACCAACAAGGUGCGACUCGUCAUGCGACGGGAUAAGACCUUGAAGGUCUGCGCCAACCACAUCAUCGGCCCCGAGAUGAAGCUCUCUCCCAACGUCGGAUCUGACCGAUCUUGGGUGUACAACGUCGCUGCCGACUACACUGAGGGUGAGGCUAGCGCCGAAACUCUUGCUAUCAGGUUCGGCAACUCUGAGAACGCCAACCUUUUCAAGGAUGCUUUCGAGAAGGCCCAAACCCACAACGCCGAGGUUUCAGGUACCAACGAGGGCGACGAUGAGGAGGACGCCGAGGAGGAGGCCGAGACCAAGGAGGAGACCGCCGAGACCGCCGCCCCCUCAGAACCUGCCGCCGCUGAAGAGACCAAGCCCGCCGAGGAGGCCGCUGCCCCUGUUGCUACCGAGACCAAGGAGGCUGAGGCUCCCGCUGCCGAGGCCAAGGAGGAGGUCGCUCCUGUUGCUGAGGCCGCUGUCGCCGAGGAGAAGAAGACCGAGUAA